UGUCAUUCAAUUCUCGAUAUAAAAACUUUAACCUAAAAAAGUCAAUUUCGAACGAUAAAAUAUUUUAUUAAAUUUUUUACUUGUAUUUUCAAAAUUGCAACUAAUAUAAUUAGAAGUAAAGUUGUGAUAUUACUAUUACAAUUAUGGAGUGGUUAUUUGGAAAACGAAUUACUCCUGCAGAGAUGCUUAGGAAAAAUCAAAGAUCAUUAAACAAGGCUAUGCGAGAUCUUGAUAGAGAGAGAAAGAUGAUGGAACAACAAGAGAAAAAAAUUAUUGCAGAUAUUAAAAAACUUGCUAAAGAUGGACAAAUGGAUGCUGUAAAAAUUAUGGCUAAGGAUCUUGUGAGAACUAGGCGCUAUGUAAAAAAGUUCAUGUUAAUGAAAGCAAAUAUUCAAGCAGUUUCUUUGAAAAUUCAAACCUUACGUUCUCAAAAUGCUAUGGCACAAGCAAUGAAAGGUGUUACAAGAGCAAUGCAAAAUAUGAACAAACAAUUGAAUCUUCCACAAAUACAAAAAAUAUUACAAGAAUUUGAAAAGCAAUCAGAGAUAAUGGAUAUGAAAGAAGAAAUUAUGAAUGAUGCUAUUGAUGAUGCAAUGGAGGAUGAGGGAGAUGAAGAAGAAAGCGAUGCCAUUGUAUCACAAAUUUUGGAUGAGUUGGGUCUCCAGUUGACAGAUCAGUUGUCUGGUCUACCACAGGCAUCUGGUUCAUUAAAUGUAGUAAGUCCUAAGCAACCAGUUGCAGCUGCAACAGGGAAUGAUGAAGGUGGAAAUUUCGCAGAUGCUGAUGCAGAUCUGCAAGCUAGGCUUGAAAAUUUGCGACGUGAAUAAAAAUACAAAGCUGCA